CGGCUAGGAGCGCUUCCCAGACGGGAGCGAGAGCAAGUGAGUGGGCGGUUUAUGAUUCUGCCCUGCGCCUCCGGGACGACAGAGCCGAACCCUUUGAUUCCUCCCAAGUAACCUGUGCGGGUGAACUUUAAACUGGGGGCCUGCUUGACUCUGGAUCUUUUUCUGCCGGGCUGGGGAGUUAGCUCCUCCACCAGAAGCUGGCUCUCUGCCUUCAGAAGGAAGGAUGCCCUGGAGAGGCGUAGGAUUACAUUUAGGGAUGCUAGCCAUACAGCCAAGAGUCGGGGUACCGUGGCUCUUCUUUGCAAAGUCUUGGCAAGUGUGCCUGAAAUGACCACGCCGUUUCUUCUUCUUCUUUUUUUAAAAAGCUUGUACUUCUAUUUAUUUUUAUUUUUUUGCCUGUGGACCGCCCUCCAGGAAUUGGUGCCUCAAUGUGGCUAGAGUAAACCCUUUUUGAAAAUAUAUCUCUAAUCCUUCCUUUUCCUUUUAAUCGGGCACACAGAAGCACAAUGCCUGCCCGACUCCCAGCAUCGUGUGGAUAAGUGGAAAGGGGGCAGGCUCCUUUCAAGGACCCGGGCCAAUAAUUCUAAAAAGCCAGCUUUUUGUUUGUUGGGCUGCCUUUUGUCUCUAGAGGAUUUUGAUGUGAAAGAAGAUGAAAAAGGAAGGCGCCUCAGGUUCCUUCAGACUCAAGGCAAACCCAGGCUCCCUCUCACGUGCCGUGAGUUGGAUAAAUUUCUCUUCCCUGUCCAGGCAGACAAAGAGGCUGUUUCGCAGUGAUGGAGAGCUGUCGGUGUGUGGGCAGCAGGUGGAAACAGAUGAUGAGAACUGGAUAUACAGAAGCAGAAAAGCGGUUUCCAACCUAGACGAGGAGAGUCGAUGGACAGUCCACUACACAGCACCGUGGCAUCAGCAGGAGAAUGUUUUUCUUCCCAGUACGAGACCCCCCUGUGUUGAGGAUCUGCACCAACAAGCCAAGCUCAACCUCAAAUCAGUGCUGAGGGAAUGUGACAAGCUGCGGCGUGAUGGAUGCCGAAGCUCUCAGUACUAUUCUCAGGGACCCACCUUCGCAGCCAGCUCCAGCUCAUGCGACAAUUAUCAAGAUGAGGAUGCAGAAACAGACCAAAAGUGUUCUCUCUCCUCAUCUGAAGAAGAAAGAUUUAUCGGCAUCAGGAGACCUAAAACGCCAACCUCAGCUGACUUCUCCGACCUUCACACCCAGACGAACUGGACCAAGUCCCUGCCGCUGCCAACACCCGAAGAGAAGACGCGGCAGCAAGCCCAGACGGUCCAGGCUGAUGUUGUUCCUAUUAACAUAACUGGGGAGAACUUUGAUCGUCAGGCCAGCCUUCGGCGGUCUCUAAUUUACACAGACACUCUGGUAAGACGGCCGAAGAAAGUCAAAAGGAGAAAGACUAUUUCAGGAAUCCCUGACAUCAUUCAGAAGGAGCUAGCAUCGGUCACUGGCCAAGAUGAUGAUGGUAGCGGUCAUUCAGUGUACUCCCCAGACCACUACUCCACGCUAGGAAGGCUUGGUAGCUGUCGGUCUCCCGGGCAGCGCUCGGAAACCAGGGACUCCAGCUGUCAGACUGAAGAUGGGAAAGUCAUCCCACCAUCCAUGAGAAGGAUCAGGGCGCACAAAGGGCUAGGCAUCGCGGCCCAGAUGAGCCACCUCUCGGGCUCCUCUGGCAACAUGUCUGUGCUGAGCGACUCCGCCGGCAUUGUGUUCCCGUCUCGCCUCCACAACGAUGCCGAUUUCCACAGUCUCCCCCGUUCUGGUGCUAGAGCGAGCACCUAUUCACUGGAGGCAAGGAUGGGUGCCCUGGGCUCUGCUGAGGAUAUGGAUGAUACUUUUCCCUACCCAGGGGGUAACUCACGGGGCCGUGAAAACUUUGCACAUUUAGGAGGUGCCUCCAGGUCUGGAAUGCUUUUGAGACCCAAAUCCCAGCCACUGAGGUUCUCAGAGGGUGAGAACAUAGCGAGUCCAGCGUGUGUGGUUUCGCCUCAUGCAUCCUACUCGACCAGCAUCAUCCCAAAUGCCACGCUACUGUCUUCCUCAGAGGUUAUUGUUAUUCACACUGCUCAGAGUGUAGGACAGCUGGACAGUCGAACGCCAGGCUCUUCCACGUACUCAAAGAUAAAACCCAGAGACCGCCCCACGCCCAGAUGUUCUGUGAAAGAUGACCGUCAGUCCCCCAGUCAUCACUGGAGUGAGAGUCAUCUUAUUCAUUCGCAGGCUUUGGCCUCGUCGGCCUCCAGUGCUACCACACUGUUAUCGCUCUGCGAUUCAGAGGGCUCUCUCAAUGCCCCGGCAAAGAGGGAGAAUGGGUCUCAAGCCAUACCCUAUCAUUGCAGAAACAACCUGAGCUUCCCUGCCCACCCUCCAGAUGUGGAUGGCAAGAGCGAGUCUAGUUAUUCAGGGGGCAGGGGGCAUGGCGGUUCUGAGCCCUGGGAAUACAAAGCCUCCAGCAAUGGGCGGGCAUCCCCACUGAAGCCACACCCGGCCACCCCUGGUGGCUCUACUCCCACGAGUAACAUGAGCAGCUGCAGUUUGGACCAGGCGUCUGUCAAAGAGGAUGCCAGGUCCCUAUAUUCGGAGGACCACGACGGUUACUAUGUGAGCGCUCACAGUGAUUCUGGACAUGAGACGGCGGGGACCUCGUACCCUAUCAGUGAUGGCUUUGGGAACCCGAGGCACAGCAUGGUCAACGUUUUUGAUGGCAGGGCUCAGAGAAGCCAAGGGGACCAGGCCAGUCACCAGGAGAAAUCCCUUUCCAGAAACAUCUCUCUGAAGAAAGCAAAGAAACCACCCCUGCCACCCUCCCGGACAGACUCUCUGCGGAGGAUCCCCAAGAAGAACAGCCCGUCCAACGGGCAGGUGCUCAACGAGAGCCUGAUCGCCUCUCUCCAGCACUCGCUGCAGCAAAGCCUCCCUGGGAAGGGCGGCAGCUCCCCUUCCCAGAGCCCGUGCAGUGACUUCGAGGAACCCUGGCUCCCUCGGUCCAGGAGCCAGAGCAUUGUCAGUGAAGGCAGCAGCAUGACCUCCACCACCACUCCCAACGUGUACUCUCUGCGCGGCGUCACCCCGUCGCAGAGCGACACCAGCAGCGUCAAGUCAGAAUACACAGACCCUUGGGGCUACUACAUUGACUACACAAGCUUGCAGGAAGAUCCAGGGAACCCCCCGGGGGCCUGCUCUGGCAGCAGUGGGGCACCAACUGGAAAUGGGCCCGUCUGCCCCAUCCCAGAGGGGUCCAGAGCCCCGAUGCCCCAAGUGCCUGGUGACUCGGGUAAACCAAAGACCACCUCACCAGAGAAGUCACAGAGAGUCACCUCUCCAUCCAGUGGGUAUUCCAGCCAGUCGAAUACACCCACAGCACUCACGCCCGUGCCUGUGUUUUUAAAAUCGAUGUCACCAGCAAAUGGGAAGGGGAAGGCCAAGCCCAAGGUACCAGAAAGGAAGUCGUCUCUGAUCUCCUCCGUGUCCGUCUCCUCCUCGUCCACGUCCCUCUCCUCUAAUACUUCGACUGAAGGAAGUGGCACCAUGAAGAAACUGGAUGCAGCCCUGGCCUCGCCCCUUGCUCCUCCCCCACCUCUCCCCCCUCUGCCCUCCCCCUGUCUGGCAGACAGGUCCCCUUUUCUUCCACCGCCUCCUCCUCUAGCAGAUUGCUCCGAGGGCUCUCCUCUGCCUCCCUCUCCGGUGUUCCCCCCUCCACCACCAGAAGCUCUUGCUCCCUUCUGCUCCCCCUCAGACAGGUGCCUUUCUCCUCCCCCCACGGCUCUUAGCCCCCCUCUUCCGAGAGCCUCACCCCCCUUGCCAGCACCUCCACCUUUCUUGCCCUCAUCAGAACCCCCUCCCGCCCCACCCCUGGACCCCAAAUUCAUGAAAGACAACAGGCCUUCUUGCAAAGACUCUAGCCAGUCCGAAUCCUCCAGGGAGGCCGUCAGGCGGCCUGCCAGCAAGGAGGAGGGCUGCCGACCCCCCAUGCCCCUGAUCACCACGGAAGCGUUGCAGAUGGUGCAGUUGAAGCCAGUGAGAAAGAACUCAGGCGCCGAGGCCGCCCCGUUUUCUGAACCAUCGGCUCAGGAACAACGAACCCCGACUGCUCCACAGUAUCACUUAAAGCCAUCUGCUCUCCUCAAAGCCCGAAAUAGCAUAAAUGAAAUGGAGAGCGAAAGCCAGCCUGCCUCUGUGACGAGCUCGCUGCUUCCGACGCCUGCCAAGAGCCAGAGUCAGGGUGACCAUGACAGUGCAGCCGAGCGUGGCGGCCUCCCGAGCCGCAGUGAUGGAGCUCCGUGUCCGGGGCCCAGCCUCAGGACCACACCGCUCCCAGACUCUUCCCCCAGCAGGAAGCCACCCCCCAUCUCCAAGAAGCCCAAACUGUUCCUGGUGGUACCACCUCCGCAGAGAGAUUUCACAGCGGAGCCCACAGAGAACGGGAGCGCAGCAUUCUCAGGCGUGCCCAGCCCUACCAGGGCAGAGGGGGAGGCUGUGCACAGCCAAGAGGAGAAAGCCAGCCCAGCAUCCCGAGCUGGUGGUUCUCAUGCUCCGGCCCCCACCCCCGGCGGUCCGGUUCCGGAAAGAGGAGCUGCAGGGUCCUUGUCCCCUGGCAGCGGGGAAACCAAUGCCCCCAUGGUCCAGCCCAGUGCCUCCCCGGGCCCCACACAGGAAGAGUCAGCCGAGAGCAGCGUGGAUGGUGAGGACAAUGCGGAGAGCUGCCUGUCUCAACGGGGCAGAGAAGCUGGGCUGCAGGAACCCGCCACAGCUGCUUCCUCCUCAGACGCCGCCGGGGACUUCUCUAAGGAAGAAGGGAGCGAUGACGUGAUGACCCCCACUAGACCCAGGACCACAGAGGACCUGUUCGCAGCCAUUCACAGAUCCAAAAGGAAAGUCCUUGGCCGGAAAGACUCAGAAGAUGAUCACACCCGGAAUCACUCCCCCUCCCCGCCAGUGACCCCCACAGGUGCUGCCCCUAGCCUGGCCUCUCCGAAGCAAGUCGGGUCCAUUCAGAGAAGCAUGAAAAAGAGUGCUACCAGCAGCGACAGCUUCAAAGCUCUGCUGCUGAAGAAGGGGAGUCGCUCGGACACCAGCGCUCGCAUGUCGGCCGCGGAGAUGCUCAAGUCCACGGACCCUCGAUUCCAGAGAUCCAGGUCGGAGCCUUCGCCAGACGUCCCGGACAGCCCGUCCAGCUGCUCCCCCAACAAGAACAGGAGGGCCCAGGAGGAGUGGGCCAAGAACGAAGGUCUGAUGCCUCGGAGUCUGUCCUUUUCGGGCCCUCGGUACAGCCGCAGCCGGACGCCACCCUCUGCGGCCAGCAGCAGGUACAGCAUGCGGAACCGCAUCCAGAGCAGCCCGAUGACCGUCAUCUCCGAGGGAGAGGGAGAACCUACCGAGCCGGCGGACAACAGAGAGCACAGGGCCCUGGAUGCUGCCAGGGGAUGCUCUCUGGACAGGCUGGAGGGCCAGAUGGUGGACCGGGACAGCCUGCUGUGUAGGGAGGAGCCUGCCUCUGUGGAUGGGCUGGGGAGGGCAGAGGGCAAAGGUCUCUCGGAGCACUGUGGGGGUACUGAAGAGUUAGGGUCAGAACCUGCCUCUCUUGAGUGAGGCGGGCGGGCAGUGCAUCACUCUCGGAAGUCUAUGUGGCCUUUUCCUGGCUUGUGGGGACCCCACUCAGCAUUGGUGUUGGGGAGGUCUCAGCCUUGCGGGUCACUUAGGACUCACUCGCCACGUGGCUUAAAAGCAAGUAGAAGCUUCAACUUCUGAAAGUGCUUCCUGGGGAAGAUUUUUGUUUAUUUGUUUGUUUGUUUGUUUUUCCCAAAAAUGCCGGGUGUGUGUAUAUGUGUGUAUUUUGAACGCCCUCAUUCUAACACAUACACACACUAACAUUGUGUAUAGAAUUAGGAGAAAAAAGUCAGAGUUAAGGUAAAAACGAGUCGUGGAGACUUCUGGACCAUGAUGGUAACUGCUUCCAAAGCAUUAUGGGUAUGGGAAUGAGUAAGUUCACUAAGCAGAGACUUGAAGCUGUUACUUCUAAGAGGCAUUGGGUUGGUUCUAAACAUGGAUGCACACACACUAUAUAGCUCGAGACACACAGGGAAACCACGAAGAGGCUGGGAAAUGGCUAAGCAACUCAAUGGUCCGGGUGCUUUUGUGGGGAAGGGGCCUUGCUGCUGCUGCUGCUGUUGCUGCUGCUGCUGGCUGCCUCCUCCUCCUCCUCCUCCUUUUGUAAAAACACAAAUGGGCGUGUUGAGGCUGUGUCCUGUGCCUCCUGCACACACUUCUAGCCUGAUGUCAGAAGCAUGGGUGGAUGCUUUUUGUUUUUGUUUUUUUGUUUUUUUAACAUAAAUUCCCUAGAGUUGCAACCAAGCCCUUGCCAGUUGAGGUGAUGGUUGGUGUAGGAGAGAAUGAGGUAAGAGAGGCAAGAAGAGCUGGGUCUCCUGAGAGGAGAGGAGACAGGGAGUGAGUGAUGCUGCUGGGUUUGUUUCCUGCUUCUUAAACAAAAUAUUUUCAGAACUAAACCAGAAAACGUGCACUGUAGAACUGUGGGUGGAGCUUUUUCCUUUAAAAAGAGUUGUUGUGUUUUAAAACCAGAGUUUAAACUUCCAAGUGGCAGUCUGUCACUUGAAACGUCGACAUUUGCUAACUUUUGGAUAUCCUUUUGGUUAUACCAAAGAAAAAGAAUACAGCUAUUUUUUUUUCCCCUGAACGGCUUACGGCACCGUGUCCUGACUUAGAAGGUUUACCAAAAUCUAUUAUCUAUUAUCUCACUUUGAAGAAAAUGCUGACUCUUGUUAGUGAAAGGGACUGAUGAUAAAAUUGGUAGGGGUUGGCUAUUACCUAGCCCUGGGAAAUGAAUUUUUAGAUUAAAAAGAUUUUUUUUGCACCA